AUGAUACCAUGCUUAUUCCUGUACUGCAUCAAUCUUUUCUAUUUAUCAUACUUUUUAAAAGUAUCAUGUUCUUCUUGUGAUUUUAAAAGUAGCAGAAAACAUAUUAAAACCUAUGUGUUAAAUAAUAGUUCUGUUCCUAUUAAUAAUAUAAAAGACCCCAAAUCGAAAAAUUCAAAAGAGAUUUUACUCAAGUCAAAUACGAAUUUUUCCGAGAGGGGAAAUACUGACAAUGAUGUAAAAGCAGGAAAAGUGGAGAAGGAGGUGGAGAACAAAAGGGGGAAGGACAAAGAGGAAGAAAAGGAGGAAGAGAAAGAAGAGGAGGAGGAGGAGGAGGAGAAGGAGGAGGAGGAUGAGGAAGAGAUAGAAGAGGAAGAGGAUGAGGAAGAGAUAGAAGAGGAAGAGGAGGAGGAAGAAAAGGAGGAAGAGGAGGAGGAAGAACAGGAGGAAGAGGAGGAGGAAGAACAGGAGGAAGAAGAACAGGAGGAAGAGGAGAAGGUAGAGAAGAAGGUCGAGAAGGAGGUAGAGAAGAAGGUCGAGAAGGAGGUAGAGAAGAAGGUCAAUAAGAAAGCCGAAAAGAAGGUUGAAAAGAAGGCAGGGAAGAAGGUCGAGAAGAAGGCAGAGAAGAAGGUUGAUAAGAAAGCCGAAAACGAGGGUGAUAAAAGGGUUCAAGAAAAUCUUCUGGCCAACGUGCAAGGGAACCAAAAAAAAAACAAAGAAAAAAUAUUAAUACGUGCAGAUGAAAAUGGCAUAAAAAAAAAAGAUACAGAGAAAAAACAGUUAAAUGGGAAAAAUGAAACAAAAGAAGAAACAGAUCCAAAGCGUUCGAAGGAUGCAAAAGGAGAGUUAUUGAACGAAGAAAAAUUGGAUGAAAAAAAAGAAAAAAAAAAAAAAAAAAAAAGUUGGUUUAGUGUUCGCUGGAAUAAAAGUUUAAAAAAAAAAAAAAAGAGUAAACAAGAAAAGAAUGAAAAAGAAGUAAUUAUAAGCUCAACUGUAAUGCCAUUAAAUAAUAGCAAUAACAGAGAUAAUGAAAAUUUCACGUCAAAUAAGCAGAAAAAUGUUGUGGCAAAAUCUUCUAAUCUAGAUGUAGACACAAAUGGGAAAAAAAAUACAGAAAAUGAAACAUCAUUUAACAAAGGAAAAAAUAUAAAAAAAAUAGAUAAUAAUAACAUAUCAUCUGUCAAACCAAAUGAUAGUGACAAAACAGAAAAAGAAAUAACAAACCAAGAAAAAAUUUUAGAGGUGAAAAACUUGACUCCAGUUGUAACCCCAAACAGUGCUUAUCAUGUUGGAGAUGCUAAAAUAAAUAAACAAGAACAUGAAGAUGAGGGUGAAGGAGAUUCUGGUAUAUUUAUGGAAAUAUUAGGAGACAAUAUCGUACAAAAAGUGGACGAGACAGAACCAAGAAAUAAGACACAAAGAAAUGAAAACAUAACUCCAAAAAUAGGAUCAAGACAUAAUAAGGUAAAUCAAGAAAUGGAUGAAGUAAAAAAUAGAGAAAACAAAACGAAAAAAGGGAAAACUCAAAUAAAAAAGGAACAAGACAAAUCAAAUGAGAGAGGGAAUGUCGAAGCAAAAGAGAGAGAUAAAGAAGAUGAAAAGAAUAAAGAAUUUCAGGAAUAUAAGAAAAAGUUGGAUAGUGGAAAUUUCGAAGAUAUACUACUAUAUGAUUAUGUGUAUGGUUAUGAUUAUGAUGACGAAGAAGAAGAAGAAGAAGAGGAAGAAGAAGAGGAAGAGGAAGAAUAUGACAAAGAAGAAGAGGUGGAAUACGAGGAGGAUAUCGAUGAGGUAAUAAAUAGAUACCUGAAUGAAAUAGAAGAAAUUGAACAGUUGAUGGGUCUGGGGGAAAAAAACUUCGAUAUUGGAAGUGACAUGCUGAGCGACUCAAGAGAGAGCAAUUCUGACAUAGAUGACAAUAUGAGUACGUACAGUGUGAGCACAAGAACAAGUACAGGCACGAGCACAAGCAGCGGUUAUGAUUUCAUAGAUGAAAGCGAAUACGGAAAAAAAAACAGAUUUAGUUACAAAACGAGUAGCACAAAUGUGUUUUCUAGAUACAAGAACGAACUUAAGCUUUAUAGCGAGAAGUUAAAAGAAAAUGAGUUAAAUGAAUUUUACAAGGAUAUAAUUAAAAGCAGAGAAUUGGUAGAUAUAAAUUACAAAAACGAGUAUGCAUUAAAAAUGAAAUAUCAUAAAGGGUAUGAUAUGUCCUUACACAACUUAUACAUAGUGAAUGAAGAAAAAGCAAGUGAGAAAUAUUACUCUAAAUAUGUAGCAGCAUAUGAUGAAGAAGACAAUACAACAUUUCAAGAUGUAACUUAUUUUGCUGAUUUGACAAAAAUUGAUGUAGAUCCUAUUAUGUUUAAAGAAUAUUAUAUAAAAUCAAGUGUAUGUGAUGGAGAAUAUUUACCAUUAAAAAGUACACUAGUUGAAAAGAUAUGUUUCUUAUCAAAUCAUUUAAAAAAAAACCCAUAUGUGAAUAGAAUAAAAAUAAGAAAUAGGAAAUCGAUUUUAUAUCGUUUAUUUUUGAAUAUAGUAAAAACAUUUAAAAAGUUAUCCUUAAGACAAUGUAUAAAAAGUGUCGAAGAAUCAAACUUACUUGAUAUUCUUUUUCUUUUAAAUGAAGAAAUUGUAAAGGAAUCAAAAAAAGAUCACAAUAUAGGAAAAUGUUUAAAUAAUGUAAUAGCUAGAAAUAAAGAAUGGUAUGAAUUAAUUAAUUUUAUAAUUACUAUUAUGUUUGGUUGUACGUCAUAUUUGAAAGAACAUUAUUUUCUAACAGAAGAAGAAAAAGAUGCAUUAAUUACAGCAAAUCACAUUGUAGAUUUACCUAUAUUUGAAUAUCUAAAUACAAACGUUAUUGAUAUUUUUAUCCCGGCUGACAUGAAGACACAAAUUGAUAUCGAUAUGCUUAAAGACAUUACAUGUCCUACAAUGGAUAAAAAGCAAAUGUAUCAAACUUGGUAUGUUUGUUAUUUAUUUACUCAUAAAGUAUAUUUAGUAAAUAAGAUGUGGAAUUUAAUAAAAAAAUGGGAAGCAUCUAAAUUUAUACCAAACCCAUGGUAUAUAGAUCAUGUAGGAAGUGCAUUAGUUCCACAAAUAAUGAAUAUGCAUCACCUGGAAGAAGAUAAAUAUGUUUUUUUUAGGUAUAUCGAUGCUCUUCAAAUAUUUAUAUCAUUUAAGAGAAGCAAAAAAUAUCCAAUACCAAAUUAUGAUAAGAAAAGUAUGCACUUAGUAGAACAUAUAAUAGCCUUUCAAGGAACAGCUAGUCCAUUUAUGUGGUUAAUAAAUUUGAUACACAAAUUAACUCCCUAUCCUUUUUUAACACAAGGAAAAUUGCACAAAGCUUAUAUAUUUAUAUUUAAACAAGUUGUAAGACCAUACUUACAAGUAUUAAAAAAAACAAUUUUAAAUGAAAUAAAAGAUGAGAAAUCAAAAUAUACAAAGGAAAAUCCAUAUGUUGUUAUUUUUACUGGGCACUCAUUUGGUGCAGCUAUGGCUCAUUUAAGUUCUUUUUAUUUAGCAAAAAUUUUGAAUGCUAAAAAUAAUCCAAAAGUAAAAAUACUCUCGGUAACAUAUGGAAUGCCCAUGUUUUAUGAUGAUUUAUUUGCAGAAGAUUUCAAAAAAAGUGGUGUUAUUAGUAAUAACAUAAGUAUUGAUUAUGACCCUAUACCAUGUACUAUGGCAAUCCCUGGAUUUAAUGACUUUCGAGACCCAGAAGAAGAGAAAAAAUCAUCUAUAAUUUUCAAAGUUAAUGAUUUAAAGACAUUAAAUUAUGACUUUGGGAAAAAUAUUUUCAAUGGAACUGAACUUUUUAAUAAUGAAAGAAAUCAUCCGCGUUCUAUGACACAUAUACUUACGAAAUAUAUAUUUAACAACAACAUCUUUUUAGAAUUAGGAGAAUUACACUUUUCACAAACGCACUAUUUUUUUUAUUAUGUAUUUUUAACUCUCCUAUCUGGAUGGGCAAAUGAGGCAGACUGGGGUACAUUCUUCCUAAUUCCAUUUUUUCUCUAUGACAUUAUUGAUUUCUCACACAGUGAAUUGAUGACUAAAUCACAAGAGGUGUACAGAAGGUAUAGAGAUGAUUUACUGAAGAAGUUACACAACCAUCAUAAGAAUAAAAGUACGUCCUCUAUUAAGUAG